UGUCUAUGUUUCCUGGUGCGAAUAGUGUUACUUCGAACUGUGAGAAUAUAAGUGAUAUUUCAGACAAUGAGGAUAAAUGAUAUAGAAGAUAUAGCUUUGUUUGAGAAAAAAUUUAAACGUUCUUUUAAGAAAAAUAUUAAUUUAGGACUAGCCACUAAGCUGAAACAGUGUGAGAAAGAGAAAAUUGACGCAUUGCAUGAACUUGAUGUGCUUAAAUGCAAUCAUAUGAAUCUUAAAAAUGAUAUGCAUAGCCUUUGUGAGACUAACAUGGUUCUUGAAUCAAAAGUGGCAAAAUUGCAAGUUGAACUUGACAAGGCCAAUGCUAUUUUUAAGAAAUUGAGCACAGGUGCACAAGUCUUGAAAGAAAUGCUAAGUGUUCAAAAGGUAACUUCAAAUAGAGAAGGGCUUGGAUACGCGGGAGGAGCUUCAAAACAUAAGGUGGAGUACGGAGAAACGGAUUCUAUCAAGCCGAAUAGCAGUGCUCCCAUUCCUCUUCCGGAAAAUAAAGCCAGGUUGCCCAUUAAAGAGAACAACGUCAAAUAUGUUCACAAAAAGCCCAAUUCUCCAAAGACAAAGAAGCAAAGUGGAGGUAAAGUAAAUGAAAUGAAUUCAACAAAGGUAAUAUUUAAACCUCCAGUUAUUCCUAUUGUUCAACAUAACGUUAGGAAGGCACAUGACAUCAAGAAGACAAAUAAUAAAAAAUUCGUCCCUACAUGCCACUAUUGUCAAGUUAAAGGACACACUAGACCUCAAUGUAGGAAAGUGCAUUCGUCAAAUACUUCACACAUGCAUUUAGUAUGUUCUCAUGAUUUUAUCAAGUUUAUCCCUAUCUGUCAUUUUUGUGGAAUGAGGGGUCAUAUUUGACCUAAUUGCUUUAAGCUUCAUGAGUUCCCUAAUGUUCCUCCCAAUUAUCAUGAUGUUAGUAA